UUUACUUGACUGUCAUUUUAUUUGUAUAUGGAAGUGAGAUGAAAUGGAAUGUUUUUAAAAAAUUUUAAAAAGUGCUAAUUUAUUCAACAACUUUUACAGAUGACAAGCUUUUUAAUAAAUCUAAAAAAAAGAUUAUUUUUGAAAAAAGAAAAAAAUUAUCACAGAAAUUAGGAAAAAAGUUGACAAACAUCUUAUCUCCUUUUCCCUCAUAUAUUUCUUUCACUAUUGAGUAAGUUUAGUAAGCUUUAUAUAUACUGAAUUACAACGACAUUCUUAACGUAAGAUAAGUUUGUUAAUAAAUAUAAGAAGCGCUAAAAUUAUGCUUUCUACCAAUUCCGUUAUGUAUAGUACCUCAAAUGACAAUGUUUAUUUUACAUUCAUACACAUUGUUGACAAUACUUGACAAAGUGUUGCAAUAAAAAUGAAUAUCACUUGACAAUGUGUAAUGCAAGAUACAUUGAACAACACAGCCUAUGACUUUGUAUAUUUAAUGUAUCAUAUAUGAUAAAAGAGAAAUGACUGGUGUAUAUUUUUUUAAUUUAAAUACUUUGAGACUACUAUAGACGCUUCAAAUUUACAAGACUACAAAAUUAUAUUACUUCAUAUAAAACAAGCUCGCGAAAGAAUUCAAGAAUUUGAACGAUUACAAAAAGCACGACAUCUUCUGAAUGCUAUUUCAUUAAUGAAUGAUUUACUUGCUGAUGGGUCUGAGAUAGAAAUACUAUCGCUUGCUGGAAUAAUCGUGAAGAGAUUAAAUAAAUUAGGCGUGACAAAUAUAACGAUAGAUAAAGAAAACGAAUAUUGGUACAAAAAUACAAGAUUAUCAGCUUUGAGACUUACACAUAGCGGCAUUUAUCAUUGUUGCACAUUUUGCUCUAGUGGUGGAAAAAAGGAAAUUACUUGUGGCUGUAGAGGCACCAUGCCUGGUGGAUAUAAAGGUUGUGGUCAUGGACAUAUUGGACAUCCAGGCUUUAACCACUGGUCUUGCUGUGGAUCCAUAUUACGUAAUGGUCGUUGUUUAAUUAUACGAAAAACCACGCAUCAACUUAUAUUAUGAAUUUUAAUAAAUUAAUAAAUAUAUCUUC